AUGUGGUUAGAAGAGGGGCCAGCUCUGCUGGUAGAGCGACUGGAAGCGAAUGGCCGAAACUCUCUUCUCAAAGCAACUUUUCUACGGCCAGUCGAAAAUUCCAAGUUCAGGAACAUCAAAUCGUUAUCGCUGACACCAGGCUCCUCUUCGUUUGGGAUAUACCGACGUUGGUCCCGACUGGCUAGCCUAGAAGUUAGCCUGGAUGAGCUCAAAGUUCAGGAAUACCAGACGGGGCCAACCGGCCUGUUUGCCUUCAAAGCGAUUAUUAAUCUUGAUGGUGAAAAACUGUGCAAAGUGCUACAAAAUGAAAGCUGGCAAGAUAUCCCAUCAUGGAGUUCACGUUUACGAAAGUGUAGACUGAGCCAACACCACCCCCGUAAUGCAGAUAAGCUUAGCCGAGGAAAGGAUUCCGGUGCCCACCAAAGUUUACAGCCACUCUUGCGUCUGGCUGACAAGUUAUAUCCGUCUUGUGGCUCGCAAACAGCGCUGUUGGUGAGACUGGAGCAAUAUUCUGCGCUCAGUCAGCCACCAGUAUGCUUAACUGGCAAGCACGCCUUGGGCGAAUCUUCAUCUAGUGGCUUUGACAAAACCAUCGAUCAAACAGCCUCACAUUCGUCAGAUUCCAAGGACUAUAGAGCCCGGUUCCAACAAGCCGUGGAUCACAUCGUGUCACCCUUAGAAUCCAGUUUUGAUAAUUAG